AUGGAAGAAGUGGCGACAGGUCCUCAUCCGAUCGGGCAACCACCGGAAGAAACCGCGAGGAAAGCAACAUUCAAGGAGAAAGUCCUUGGUGCUCAAACUGCGGGCUUCAAGGAGGUACGCAAUCUGGUUAAGGAUGGUUUUAUGAAGCGAGAACAAGUAUGGGGGAGCAGAUUAUUCCCUCACUUUGAUUUCAUUGAUGACGCUGACUACAUGAAGAUAUGUAAACCAUUUGAACAAUGCUUGGUGAUCAAACUGCUGGGGAAAAGGAUUGGCUAUAACAUCCUGUAUGAGAAGCUGAGGGCACUGUGGAAACCUGCAGGAGGGUUUGAACUCAAAGAUAUCCACCAUGGUUACUUUCUGGUCCAGUUCGACUUGGUCGAGGACAGAGCAAAGGUCAUGGCAGGAGCGCCAUGGAUGAUAUUCGACCAUUAUCUAUCUGUUAAGCCAUGGACACCAGAGUUUGUUGCAGCAAAUUCGAAAAUCAAUACUACAAUGGCAUGGAUUCACAUUCCUGGAUUAGGUUUUCAAUUCUACGAUGAGAGCAUACUCGUGACAUUAGCUUCCGGUGUUGGUAAGUCAAUCCAAGUUGAUACGAACACAAUGGAUAUGCAGCGUGGGAAGUUUGCUCGCAUUUGCGUUGAGAUUGAUUUGGAUCAACCGGUCAUUGGUAUGGUGGGACUCCGUGGCACAUGGUACAACGUGGAAUAUGAAGUUUUGCACCUUCUUUGCUCUCAUUGCGGUUGCUAUGGUCACAUGGCUAGACAAUGCGCGAAUCCUCCACAACCGGUGGCACCAGAUUCAACGCCGGCGGUGGUGACUACACCGGCGACCACCACUGAAAUUCAAGCGCAAGGAAGUCAACAGGAAAAUGUUCAACCUACAGUUAUGGACGCAGUUAAUGCACAGGGGACCAUGAGCGUAGAUGGAGGCGGAAUUAAUGGGGCUGCUAUCAAGCCAGUGAAGUCAAUACCGUUAACUGUAACUGCCCAUGGAGAAUGGCUAGUCGUGGACAAGAGAAAGAAAAAUCCAAGCAAGACAAAGCAGGGAAAUAACACCAAUUCAAUGCGUGGGCCAGGAAAAAAUGGAAAGAAUUUAGUGCCGGUGAUUACUGCUCCUAAAUUGGUGCAACCGUUAGUUUUUGCAUCGGGAUCUACAACGGAACAAAUCAAUAAAGGAGCAACAAUCAAUAAUGGAAAGAAACGCACUAGAAGGGAACCAACUCAUGAUGGCAACAAUGGCAAAUCAUUGGCUCAUGAUGGCAAAGUGACGACUACCAAUAAUUCCUUAGGGAAUAAUCACAUGCCGCAAUUACCAACCCAUACUACUCGCAUGAUUGGAACGACUAGGGUAUUUACCCUAGCUGAUGGGGCCCAAUCAACUAUUGCCAUGCAACACCAAGGUGGCAGUAGAUACACGGUCCUCAUGAAUGAAGAGCAAGAACAUGGCUCAAGCUUUGAAACCGGGCAACAUAGUGGAGUCCCUCCUGAAGCGGCAAGGAAGUAG